AUGGUUCGAGUGACAGAUGAGCUGGCUUUGUCCCUCGAUCAUCUAAAUCUAUUCUACGCACACGAUCCUCAUCUUUCAAACCUACCCGUCCUCAUAUAUCAUGGUCCUUCUACCACCACCAAUUCGACUCUCAAUAGUUCACGAAUCCAACUUCACAUCUUCACCGCUGCAGGUUUCCAAUCUUACCAGCGCAUAACCAUUUCACCAAACUCACCGCUAUACGAAUCUGUGAAUUAUCUCCCGCGCGAUAAACAAGGAGAUGAAUUAUGUCGCGGUCUGGCAUUCGGUUUAUUCAAAUAUUUCAAAGAGUUACCAGAGGUGGUGAAGAGUGGAUUAAUAUUACAAGUUGCGAAUACGUCAAGGAAACAAAGACCAGGUUCGGCACCGACAUUAUUCGGCGAACAACAUGCGGCAGAUUUGGCAAGUUCGAUGGUGAGGGUGGAAAACACGCCAGAUGUGACGAGAGAUAUUGAAGCGGCUUUACGAAUACAAAAUAUUAAUUAUGUGGAUGUGGAUUUGGUUCUGCCGCCGGGCUCGAUAUCACCCUUUCAAGAAUUAGAGGGGGAUUUGGAUGAGGAAGAAUAUCCAGAUCUCACAUUGAGGCAAUAUGGCUCAUAUGCAUCAUUGGUCAAGGUCUUUGGAGAAGUGGCAUUCCUUCCUACGUCGAAAUUACGUCGAGCCCCUUCGAAACCGACAUCCUUGAAUCGAAGUAAAUCAUUUCAGAAGGAUCAAAAGAUGGCUUUGCGACGAGAGAUGGGAGAAUUGGUAGAUACGGAGGAACGUUAUGUGAUAAAGAUGCAUGAAUUGGUCAAUCAUAUUGCAGAUGAUUUUCGAGCCAAAGCCAAAAGUCGAGCAUUUGGAAGUUUCAGUCCUUCGGAAGAUGAUCUGCAAAAGCUGUUCCCACGAUGUUUGGAUCGAAUCCUACAAAUUAAUUCCACCUUCUUAUCAGCGAUACGAAAAGUGAUGGAUGAAACCGAGGAAGAAGCCAUGCAAGAUCUGGAAACACCAAUAGUCAGCUCCACCUCAUCUCGAUAUGGUGGCUCGGGUCGUUUGAAGGACCCUACGGGUGCACUGGCCUUUGCCAAAGUCUUACUUGAAUGGUUCCCACAAUUUUCCGAGAGUUACCAGCAAUAUAUCCAUGCUAGCCAGGAAUUUCCACAAAUCAUUUCAAGCUUCAUGAAGCAACCAAGUAGCUUCUCAAGUCGGGUACAAGCUACAGGGGAGCAACGUUUGAGAUCGGCUGUAAUUGAACCAGUUCAGAGAUUACCAAGAUACAGUCUCUUUAUUGAUAAUAUUGUCAAUUCACUUCCAGUGCUACAUCCAGCUUUACAACCUAUGUUGAAAGCUCGAGAUAUCAUUACUUCGAUAUUGGUGAAUCGAUUGAGAUAUUUGGUUGAUGCGUGGCCUUCUACAUUACAUCCUCAAGGACGUCUAAUCACGGCGGUUGAUACGAUAGAGUUACCACCUCCAUAUCAUGUUGAAGUCACAACAGGUGGUAGUGCAGGUAUGGCCAAGGAAGGGAUACUUUUACUCUUCGCUGAUUGUAUUGUUUUGUUGAAGAAGAAUAAGGAUUGUUUACAAACAGCUCGAGGUGUCAUGGCGGAGAUUGAUAAACCUUCUGCUCAAACUAUGAUGGCAUCAGUUACCGCAGCAGCUGGUGGACAAAAACAUCUCUAUGACCUUUCUUUUACUGGCUGGCACGUUCUUGGAGAUACUAGGGUUACAUCGUCUGAUGAUAAUCGAUGUAUUUGGUUAACUUCCCUACAUGAGUUGAAAGAUGCAAAUAUGGGACGAGAUCGUAAUCAAGCUGCGACAGUUCGAAACUUCGUUUUACAAGGAGCUUACGAAGCCAAGGCAUCUAGGUUGGGUGAGGAAUUGAUCAAAGCUAGACUUGAAGGAAGAUUUUCGGAGGCUGAACGCGAAACCGAUAGAUGGAGUUUACGAUCGAUUAAGCCGGCUGGAAUUCAUCUUUAUUGUGCCAUUUUUGCUGAAGGUGUUGAUGAUUUGGUUCAAGGCCGGAGAGAACCUGCUCCUGUUCGGUUGGUUGUUGAUCACGAGAAAGGUACAAAGGGUGCUCCUGUGGGUCAUUAUGGUGUUGAUAUUGUAGCCAAUAUCACAACAUUGGCCGGAGGAGAAAAAUAUAGACUUGAGGUAGAUGGACUUAACGAUAGGGUGUAUGUGGAUGAAGUACUUCCUGAGUACUUGAUGGUUACAUUUGCAAAGAGAGUAACCGAUUUACUUCGACUUCAACAUCAUAUCAGUAAUCCAGCCUUAGCUGCACCUUUUACCUCUUUCUACUCGAAAGUCCUCAAAUCUAUCGACGUUCUGUGUGAGGGUGAUAGAUCAAAAUCAUAUCGACCACAUUCUCCUGUCAAAAUCCUUUCUAGUCUACUCAAUAGUGGUUUUGGAGGUUCACCAUCAACUACGAGUCUCAAUGGAUUGGCAUCUCCUGGUAAAAUCUCUCGGCCUAUGAUAAUGGGCAAGAUCCCAUCAUUGGAAUCGCCACAAAUCGUUCGAACGGGUAGUAAUCGAUCUUUACAUUCAAUCCAAGAUUUCUCGGAUGGGAAAGGUAGUGUUCGAGCUCCUUUUGAAGAGGGUAGACCGGUCAAUCCACUUGUCCGACUGGAGGAAACUUUCACCGGUUACAUUGCAGCUCUUCAAUCAAGAAAAGGAAACGUUGUUGGAAAGAACCUACGAAAUCGAGGAGCUGCUGAUGAAUUGGCCGUCAAUGCUUUAUACAAUACUUUUAUUGAAAAUCCUUUCGAUACUCGAGCAGCUUCUGAAACUUCUUUUGAUGUCAUCUUUGUGGCAUUCGAGAAGUUUUUACGAUUGGCAUGGAAGGAACAAAUGGGUUCUGUUAUGUCACUUGAGUCUCUUGAUGCUUUACAAGAAAGAUCUAUCAAAUUAUUCCCUGGAGAUUUCAAUGAAUACGUCAGGUUGAUAUUUGGAGAAAUGGCCCCACAAAAUAGGAGAGCAUUUAUUGCUAUCAUCAAAUUAUUGGCGGAUCUCUUGGAUGGGUGUGGCAACGAUGGUGAUCGUGGUUCUCUUACAGUCGCUUUUGCUGAGUUACUGGUCGUUGAUGGAGAGCCACAUAACUACAUCAAUUUAUUGGAUCGUGUCGUCGAAGAUUCCGAUAAAUUAUUCGAUGAUCUUGGACCUGGACCUGGCAUUGGUCUUGGAGGUGGUAGUAACUAUGGUUCUGUGGCAAGUCGAUCAAUGCAUUCAGCUACCGGAUCCAUUACAUCAAAUACAUCAUUACGAAGAAGAUUUGCCGAUACCGUCUUUCGUCAAGGUAGUACUAAAGCUGAUGCUGAUCAUCGUCCUUCAGUUUGGAGAACAUUGAGUAAGACUACUCGUAGUGUUGCUACUGGAGAUCAAUAUGCAUCAAAGCCAUCUUUAGGAAGAGCUCAUUCAAUCGAGUCACCAGAUCGUAAAAGUCGACCAGCAUCUCGUGAUAGACCUACAGUUAUGGGGGCAUUUGAUGAAAGACCGGGUAGUUCUGAUUCAAUUGCACCAAAAUCAAGGCUUAGUACUAUUGGUGCAUCACCACCACCUGAAGAUUCAAAGGAUGAUGGUACUACCAGAUCAUCAAAGAAGAAACGUCGAAGUUCUUUAUCUGAUCUGAAAAGUUUGAUGGCUCAAGCAGCACUUGGACCAAUGACUCCAUCUCCUGAACAACAACCUGCUACGAUUACACCGCCAAAUAAAAGAGCCACUUCUCCGCCAAGAACCCCAUCACCUGCAAAGGUUCCAGCCUCUCCAUUAAAGAUUACGAAAAUUCCAGCAAAUGGUUCAAUUAUGGAUAGAGAUCGAUCUUUAAUGUACCGAAGUUCACCUGCUCUUAAAGAAAACAUACCCAUGAUCACAUCUCCUGAUCGAAUCGAUCGCAGUAUGGGUAAUCUAACCGAACGAGCCCAGAAUAUUAUGUCUUCUCUGGAUUCUACACCAUUUGCAUCACCAAUUAAAGAACAAUGGCGAGGCGGUCAUAAUAAAACAGUUUCUCUCUCAUCAAACAUCCCUACGCUCCGUGGAACUCCUCGCGAUCCUUCUCGUCCAAUAACAUCACACGCAAACAACUUGAAUGGAACUAUCAAAUCUCCUCAACGUCUUCGUCUUCAAAGUCCACAAAAACUUCGCGAACGUUUACAAAAUGAAGCCAAAGCAAUAAAUGAAGCAGAAGCUUCUCUUCAAAAUGAGUUGUCUAAGAUUGGUGAAGAAAUGGCGAAAUUAAAUGCUGUUUCUGCUAUUCCUAGGACUUCAGAUAUUGCCAGACUUUCUGAAGCAGUUUUAUUGUUGGAGACAAAAAUUCCAAAUAUUGUGAAAGAUUUGAAUGAGAGAAAUGAUGCAGUUAAGAAGGAGUUGGAAGUUAGUUUACAGGCAAGUGAGUUCAAGGUUAAAGGAUUGGAUCAACUUUAUAAGGAGAGUAGUGCGGAGAAUGAGUUACUUUAUGAGAAGUUUAAUGCAGAAUUGGGGAAGAUUGUUAAGGCUUUGAGAGCGAGUAGAAAGGGUGGUGCUGGAGGUGAAGAUGGGAAUGGUGUGGGUGGACCGAUGAGUGCGAAAGAAGAAUUGGUUACGAGAAUGAGAGAAAGUAGUGAGGAAGCUGCGAGAGUUAAGAAGGAAAAUGCUAGGUUGAGGAGAGAGGUUCUUACAUUGAGAACUUUGUUAAAGGGACAAGAAGGGGCGGGGACUGGGGCGCCUCAGUAG